AUGCUCAUCUGUCGGCGCACUAUUGUCUUUGGACUCAACAAGCUUGCCGAUGCCUUUAGCGACACGUUACAAGACAUGACCAAGUUCGUUGGCGUCGACUUGAACAAGUUCCCUGUGCUCAAGCUCAUUACAAACAACGGCAACCUGCCUCUUGUGCUGGACACGGAUAAAGACUUUCGCAACGCGCUAUAG